UCCAUUGUGCCGCUGAAAGAGACACGGGCGCUUUAUGCACCGUUUACGCUCUGGACACCUGCACGCCGAUGUGAUGUCUGAGAGCUUUGGCAGCUGCUCAGCAGAGCAAAAACACCUACUGCGGCAUCAUAUAGGAGGACACCAUGUAAGUUAAUGGUAGCGAGGGGCCUGGACUGAGGGGAUGAAUUGAAUCAGUGUGACAAGGGAAGAUCCAACCAGUACUUCUGGAUGAGAACUGAUGAGCUGUCCAAGCUGGCAAUAGCAUGCCAACUGCAAAAGGUAAAGGUGGUUCAAUGUCCCACCGCUACCGGCCUGCCUCGGAGUAUGAUGAUGCCACCCUCGCCCAAAAGAGAGAAUAUUGGAGAACCAAGAAACGAGAGCAGAGGGCCCGACUCUCAGGGCGUAAAGGAAAGCCAACACAAGACAGUCAAGGGGGAAAGCUCCUACAUCUAAACGUCCCUGCAGAGGUGAACACCGCUUUAUCUGGCUGCUUUGCUAGUCCCUCUUCUCCUGUACUCAUUAAUGAUGAGAGAUACAAAGUCUCUCCUGCAUCACAGAGAGGAAAUACAGUGGGGGACAGUUCACCUGAAGCCACUGAAAGCCAAAAGGAGAAGUUGUUCCAGACAAUGAAACUCGACAAGGUCUUGCCUCAGUUGCCAGCAUCAUGCUCCAUCGCAGUCAAAGCUGCUGGCGGCAACACAGUCGCGGUCAAAUGCCGAAAAGCAAGGGGUGCUGUGACCAGAGCCGUUACCUCACCCACACCUAGUGGAACCCAGCUGAACACAAGUUCCUCAGUGCCUCCAGUCAGAGUGACCAGAAUUACCAAUGGCAGCUCCGCCAAAACAACACCUCAGUCAUGUGUGUCUAUGCAGGGCACAUCAGUCCCCAAAACGCAACAGAAGGCACAAGUUGCGUUACGCAUUCAACCCAAGCUCGUACCCACAAAUAUGACCACAGGUAUGAUUCUUGUGUCUUCUCCGUGUGGCCCCGUUUCUAUUAAAGCAGCAAACACAACACCUCAAAGUGGAACAAAGAGUGCCUUGGUCACCACACAGAGGGCUAAAAGUGUCAGCAACUCGCGACCUUCCAUGGAGUCCGAGGAGGAGAGAGCGGCGAGGCGGAGGGAGCAUUGGCGGAUCAAAAAGCGCGAACAGAGGGCAAAGCUAGCAGCUCGGAUAGCUAAAGCCAGGGAGAGGACGCAGGGCGCAGAGAUGAUGGUACAGAGGCAAACAGCACAAAAAACAGUACUUGUGGGUGGCAAGGUUCUUCAGCAUCUUCCGUCUCAGUCGUUUUUGAAAGGAGCGAGCCAGAGGCAGUGUCCUGCUCGGGUCAAAACCUCAUUUACACCUGUCAAAAAGGAAAACAAUAAACUGCAAAGUGGGGGAGGACGUUUAGCUACAGUCAACCUGCAGGUAAAUCAGAUAAAAGUAAAAAAUCCACUCGUGAACAUGACAACACAGACUGUAAUUGCAUCUGAUGUUAUUUCUGUGAAAAAACCAGGCGAAUCACAGAGGAAGCUUCCAAGUUACGUACAUUUUUCUAAUGUUACCCGAGGGAUCGCACGAUGUAAAACACAGAGACAGAGAUUCAUUGAAGCCCAGAGGAACUUUUUGAAUCAAAGAAACAUAAGAUGUAAGUCCCCGCUGCUUGCUUCAGUCUUUGGUACCAGAAAUAUCCCCAGGAUCGACCCCAAUGACACACCUGAGCAGAUAAUAGCCAAACGUCGAGAGUACUGGCGGAUUAAGAAGCGCGAACAGCGAGCCAAGCUGUCAAUGGAGGUGAAGGCUCGGCUGAAAGAGAAGGACUCCCUGAUGCGAAGAGUGAAACGCUACCAGAAAAUCCUAGAGGAGAUGAGGAGGGCCAGAGCGCUGACACAAUCAGCAGGAAGUACUCUCACCCACGCCUCUGAGACCAUCGGAGGGUUCAUCAAAGAGGACGGGACAGUGACCAUUAACAUUCCCCAGGGACCAGCGGGUCACAACACAGCAGCACGUAAAAGUAAAGAAGAACUUAAUGCAGAUUCCAACAAUACCCUCAUUACACAACCUCAACAUCAGCCUAAUACGAAACGGAGAAGUAUUGCACCUGUUAGGUUAAACCAGCCCCCAGCUACGCUCCGCCAAGCUCAGGUGAAAGUCUCUCUUGGUCUUACUGGACCGUCAGUCAACAAGCCUCUAAGACUGCUGUCAGUCAGGCCACGGACUCAUCUUGAAAGCACAACUGUUCGUAAUUCACACUCCUCACCAGUCGAACCCGUAAGUCAGCUCACACUCAUGCAUCCUCAAACCCCUCAAGAUGCCAUUUCUGGAGGGUCAGCGGCAGGGUCGGACCACGGCGGCUGCGUCAUGAAAAUGGCCGUUUCAAGUAGUGCGCCGUCACUGUCGGCGCUCUCUCUCGAUCCGGAGCUGACAGAGGAGGAGAGGAUGGCAAAGAAGAGGGAGUACUGGAGGAUAAAGAAACGUGAGCAGCGAGCAGCUCGUGCAGCGCGACUGAAGCAGGGUGUCUCGCAAGCGAGGGCCAAUGCAGCCUUACAAAGGAGGAAGGCCCAGAGGCAAGUAGCAGUAACCGCCGUACCGCUGAGCAGAAGUCUUACCAGCCAUACAGGAAAUGCACAACACCUUCCCAACAGCAGCGUGCCCGUUUCACCAAAUUCAAAUGAGAUAAAACAAGAGACUGAGUCAAUGCCAGCAGUUGACCUAGAUUCUCAACUAGAACAAGCCAUCUGUCCAGAUAUUAAACCCCCAACCUCCCCGCCACCACCUCCAGCACCCCAGCCAGAGUCUGAUCCAGCUCUAAGUGCAGACAGCCAAGCUACCACUCUACUAGCUGUGGCCUCGAUGAAAAAACUCCUGGAAGAAUCGCUCAGCACUGUGAGGGAGUGUAAAAGUGAGCAGACCGAUGUUAAAAUGGAGAUAGCGGAGGAGGCUUUAGAGCAAGAGAUGAAGCCAAAUUUACCUCAGCUGUUUUUUGAAAAAGAUGAAGUGGCUCCUAUGGCUGCUGACCUGACACUGCAGAUAAAAAGCUGGCAGCCAGAUGCUGAUGCCACGGUACAAGCAGGUCCACCAAGCCCUCCUCUGAAAGACUCAUCGCAAAUUAGUGUGACACUUCCACAUCUUCCUACCUCCAGUGAGGUGGUCCUGCAUCCCACCUGUGAGCACUCGUCCCAGACCCCUUUGAACUUCAUAGUAAACCCCCCCUUGGAAGCCUCUGAUGGUCCAUCUUCACCAUGUAGAACCCAGAGGCUUCAUACCAAAAAAGCCGGCCAUCAAAACUGCUGCUCCCCAGAGCCACCAAAGCUGCAUCACCUACCAGUGGAUCAACUACACCCACAGCAACAACACGCUGAGCAGCAGCGUCAGGCCCAAGAACAAUGCCAAAACAUCAACUCGCCAUCAGCACAAAGACAUCGCAGCGUGGGGACCGAGCAGGGCGGCUUGACCAGCCUGCAGCGCAAGAGGGAGUACUGGAAGCUGAUGAAGCGGCAGCAGAGGGCCAGGUUAAAGGCCAGGCAGAGAGAGAGACAUGGAGAGUGCAGCAGUCAGGCUUCCCCAACAAACAUCCAGGCUCCAGGUCUCGUUAUCAUCAACACUGCUCAGAAUAGAAAUCCUCAAACAAAAGCAGCUCUCCAACCCAAGCCGUCAGUUGCUUCUCAGACUUCGGUGACCGGUAUCCCUUCUGUCCUUGUCGUUAGCCCUACAACAUGUAACGCCGAACAGUCUCCAGACACACUCCAGGUCAAAUUGCCUGUCACCAGUGUCUCCUGUUCACCCACAAGUGAGCAGAGCAACAUAAACAUUGGGGCUUCACAGAUCAUUCCUGACUGUCUUGGAGCUCCGGAAAAUCGGCAACAAGCCAUGCCAGGUUCACGGAAGUGGAUGUCGAGAAGCACAGAUGUAGAUUUGGCCCCCUCCCUCCCUGCUCUGACGCCUCCAGACAACCCACUGUCCACCAUGAACCUCCAGCUCAUCGAACCCCCUGGUCAAACUCCAAAUUGUGCCCUCAGUCCAAUGAAAAUCCCUUGUUCUCAGCUUCAGAGCCCCACACAUACGACACAAUCUCCCGUUAAGCUGGCACCAAUAAGCACCAUGGUUCCACCAAAGCCCAUCCCCGGGGAGUCUGAGGAAGACUUUCUGAGGAGGAAGCGGGAGUAUUGGAGGAUUAAAAAAAAGGAGCAGAGAGCCAGGAAGGCCAUUCAGGACAAGGGAGUCAACCCAAGGAAAGCUUCCAACAACUGGAGGCCCAUCCUACCUCCACAAGACCUCCCACCACAGGAGUCUGGUCAGUGGGUGAGCUCCUCCGAUGAGUCAGAGCAUCUAAUGAGCACUUCAGCGGACACCGACUCAGGAUCGUUUCCAUACCCAAAUUACACAGUGCCAGUAGAAGAUGAGUCAGCGCUUCUGUUCGCUGACUAUGAGAAUAACGGCGGUGAGGAAGGUUCGGUCUCAGAUGCUGUGUGGAGGAACCGCUACCUCAUGGACUACGACCCACUCAACCAGCUGCUGGUGUGCAUGGUGUGCGGGGAGCUGCAGUACUCUCACAGCCUGGAGGGGGUGAGGGCCCACAUCGACGAGGCCCACCCGGACACCCUGACCCUGGAGCCUGGGGAGAGACAGCGAAUUCUGGAGGCCUGGGACGAGCAGGUGUCCCAGCGGGAACGCUUCUUCACCAGCCAGCUCCAGCAGCACAGCGGGUCCCUGGCAGAAGCACACAGGAACUGAUCAGCAGAGAAAAGUGACUGCAGGACUCAAACUGAAGACAGUGGACCAGGAGAGAAAACCCAUGCUUCAUUUGUCUUUUUUAUUUAUCAUACUUUUUUUUUUUUAAUCGAUUUGUUUACCUUCAUAGAAAGUCACCUUGAAAAACAAUGCUGCCCCCCCCCCCCCCCCCCCAAAAAAGCAGCUUUACCUCAUUUCCUAUCAGGAUUGUAAUGUGGGUUCUUGAAAGUCAGUAAGGACAUUUUUUUUUAAUAGUCAAGCUGCCAUGGUUGAGAUUUUUGUGACAAUAUUUAAAAUAUUUAAAGGAGAAGUCCAACAUUUUGGGGGAACACAGUCUCUGUGCUAAGCUAGGCUAAACACAUCCUGGACCUAUUGGACCUUCUGGACAUGCUUAAACCUCACCCUAACUGUGACCUCACUACUGUAGUACAUAACUUUGCUGUUUGGUAGCGUUCUCUGUGCAAACCCUGGGGAAAAAAAUCCAAUACGUUUGAUUUUUUUUUUUUUUAGCUGUAUUUAGCAGUACUGUGCUACUCUGUACUUCUCCACUGUGCAACAAAAUUAGAUUUAAACGCCCGGGGCAAUCAUUUCAGGACGCUGGGAACUCACAACACAUCUGUAAGAUCAUAAAAAUACAACCUACUGGAUAACAGGCUCAGUUAAGUUUUAUUUAACCAAAUCAUCAACAUACAUUAUCUGAAGGCACUUUACAGAGUAAAAUGAUAUUUUUUUCCUCUGAAGGUUUGCUAAUGUCACGUGAUUGAUUCAGAGAGUUAUGUAUGGAGUGCUGAGGUCUCAAAUAGCGGCUAGCUAAAGCUAGCUUAGUGUAGCACAAGCAGAGAGGGGCCAUAAAGUCAGCAAACUUUGAGAGUAAUGCCCGUUACACAGCAGUAUCUAUCCAAACUGUUGUAAGCAUUAGCAAACGCUAGUCACCAUAAGCUACUGGUACCAAAUAAGGUUGUAGCACUAAAACCGUGGAGUGUAUUGAAUUACUCAAAGGUGUGUUUUAUUGCUUAUGAAUUUACAUUUCAUUGUCAUGAGAAGAAGAUUGUUUUUUGUUUUUUUUUUUUUGUUCACAAAGUGACACAGUAAUGCUUCAAAGUCAGACUAAUAAACAGUCAUUAGCAGGCUUAGCGACCCCUACAGCCAGAGAGGCCCCACUACCUUACCUAAUUAGUAAUAGGCAAACAGUGGGAUUUCAAAUGGAGAAUUAAUGUCAAACAUUGCUGAACAAUUGAACAGAUAAAUAAAAUGGGUAAAAAAAGAAUUGCAGUGUCCAGUUUUGAAGGACGUAUUUCAGUGACUAUUGUCAGAAUCAUAUAGCUAUAGAUAUUUACAAUAAAUUAUACAGUAAAUAUAGAUUUAAAUCCCCAGUAUCAGCCAGCUAUAAGAAAUGUGCCCACACACAUGCAGCACAAGAGUUAAACACUUUAUACUGUAGUAUAUUUGUAAUAGCUGAUAGCUGCUUUCAGUUUUGUAUAAAGUUUUUCCUGCAGUACUGGCAGGCUUGCAUUCAGGUCUGAGACUGUUCUAGACCCUGGUUAGAUGCUAGAUUGGCGCUGUUUUUGGGAUGUGGUUCUGCACCGUGUGGUUGAAAAUCCUCAACUUUACAUAAAAGUCCUUUUUGACAACUUUUUGUAUCGAGACAACUUUUUUUAUAGCAACUUUCUCAACUCUGUAAAAAAAAAAAAAGAAAAAAUCUCCUGCAGUUUGAUUUCAGCUCGGCCGUGUGACGUAAAGUCUUCUGCACUGUAAAUACACAAAAUACUAAAGUGGCUGAGAGAUGCCAGUUUUUUCUUUUCCUGUCUUUCCCAAAAUUUUUUGAGCAACUAUUUAUUAUUUAUUGAAUCUCUCUCUCUCUUAUAUAACUGAUUAUUGAUGCAUUAUUCAUAUCCAUAGGUAGUUCCAUGUUAGAGAAGUAUCUCAUUUGUGCGUAUUGAGGACCCAAAGGCUUUCCUGCAUGAGUAGUAAAUGGAUGAACACUUGUAUAUCAGAGAUGAGCUCUGAAAUGCAUUUUUUCUUUUGUACGAUUGUCAUUAAGAGUAAAAUGCUGAAAUAAUUUUGCUGUUUGAGCACAAAGCUGUGGAGGUCAGUCACGCUUAGAGAAACUGCCUGCAACAGCCACGACACUGUAAAUAGCUGGAAGUGACCAAGCUAAAUUAACUUCCGAGAAUGUAAUUCUGACUUGUUUACCAGUUGAAAGGGAAUGUUUAAAGCCUUUUAAGUAAUAAACCUUUUCUACCUUU